AUGGACGUUGUUCGUUCAAAUCAAAGAGGUAAUAAUAAUAACAGAGAAACCAGCCCAGACCGUGCCAAACUAUGCAGAUUGAAGCAAAAGGUGAAGCCCUCCAGAAAAGUUCAAGUCGUUUAUUAUCUCUCACGAAACGGCCUAUUGGAGCAUCCUCAUUUCAUGGAAGUUACCCUUUUGCCCAAUCAACCUCUCCGUUUAAAAGAUGUAUUCGAUCGGCUAAUGGCUCUCAGAGGGAGUGGCAUGCCUUUGCAAUAUUCAUGGUCUAGUAAAAGGAGCUAUAAGAGCGGUUAUGUGUGGUACGAUUUGGGACUUAAGGAUGUAAUACAUCCCGCAGAAGGAGGAGAAUAUGUACUCAAAGGAUCCGAACUAGUGGAAGGAUGCUCUGAAAGAUUUCAGCAAGUGAACGUGAGCAACAAACAAGCGGUAUAUCAACAAGCGGAAACAAAUUACAAUUACAAUUCAAAAAGUAAAGCAUUGAGUGGGUGCAGGCAACAGAAAGAACCUGAAGAAUACGAAGAAUACGAGGAACAAGAGAAAGAGUACGAGGAUGGAGAGAAAACAAGCUACACGAGUUCCACCACGACACCCCACUCGCGUUGCUCCCGAGGUGUGUCCACGGAGGAACUGGUUGACGAGGAAGAGCACGAUGGUCAAACUCAAAACAACGCUACAAAGGUAGUUAUUACCAGAACCAAUAACCAUUCGCCACGUGGUAACGCUAUUGCUCCUCCUUCGAACCCAACGAGUCACAAUGUGAAACGAGUUGGGGAUGGAAGUGAGUCAGGAGCGAGUCGUUACUCUGUUUUGUUGCAGCUGAUAGCGUGUGGCGGUGAGUAUAAGAUGAAGGGGAAACAGGAAGCGAGGCUUAGCAAUGUGGGGACGAAGCAGAGAGAGAGAGAGAGAGAGAGAGAGUUUGUGUGUGAGAAUGAGAUGAUGAUGAAUCCGAGGUUGUUGGGAACAGAGGAGAAGGAAUACUUCAGUGGUAGCUUGGUCGAUUCCAUCAAAACGGACCGGAUUCCCCAUCCACUGCUUAAGAGGUCAAAUUCCUAUGACGAACAAAGGAGAAGCAAGUUAGGGAUGGAGGUAAAGGAAGAAGAGGGGGAGAUGAAGGGAGGGAUGAAAGAGAAAUGCAUCCCUCUUAAGAAAUCUCCGAAAGAGAGUAGGAAAUGA